GGUAGUUCUCAGGAUGAAGGGUGCGGCUAGACGAUCCGCUCUCUUUCGGGUCUCUUCCUCCUGCAUCCUCUUCUCCCUCGUCUUUCUCUUUUAUUGGUUCUUCUUGGGACCUGAUGAGUCUCUUGACGGGGAGGCUGCGGUGAGGAGUCGGCAUUUGCUGUCGCAGGGCGAGAAUUGCACCGACCCGGCAAUCGAGGAAUUCCCUGACGAUUUCCUCAGCUUCUCUCAGAAGAGAAAAGGGGGAAUCGUGAUCCAUUUUCUCAUCGCCAUCUACCUCUUCCUGGGCAUCGCCAUCGUUUGCGAUGAAUAUUUCGUCCCGUCUCUCGAUGUCAUCUGCAACGAACUGGGCAUGUCGACGGACGUGGCGGGGGCGAGCUUCAUGGCGGCGGGGACCUCCUCUCCCGAGCUCUUCACCAAUCUGCUCGCGACGUUCAUCACGGAGGGGGACGUGGGGCUGGCGACCAUCGUCGGGAGUGCCGUCUUCAACAUCCUCGGGGUCGUCACUCUGUGCGGGCUCUUUGCCGGCCUGGUGUUGCGUGUGUCCAUGCAGGUGAUUCCCGUGGAUUUCUGGCCCCUGAGUCGCGAUUGUUUGGCCUAUGGAGUUUCCGUCAUCCUCCUCAUCAUCGUCAUCAACGAUGAAAUCGUGACCUGGUGGGAAGCUCUCAUGCUCUUCGCUGCCUACUUCAUCUACGUCGUCGGCAAGUCCUUUCCCGAUCCCUUUUUAUUUUCAUUCUUCUUCCAUUCAUUGAGCUACGAUCCAUUUCCACAUCUAAAGACGUCGGAGUGGGGGUGGAAGGUGUCCAUCCCACAUCCGGAGGACGACCCAGAACGGGCAACACCCGCGUCUAAUGGAGAGUCAGCAACACCCGUGUCCAACGGAGAACCAGCACCACCCGUGUCCAACGGAGAACCAGCACCAACAUUGCCUAGUAAUUCCUUGAAGGAGGAAGAAAAUUCUGAAUCCAGCGCCGUCUGCGGCGGAUGGUGUCCACCGGGCCUCGAAGGAGGGAGCAACUUGUGGCGGAUCUAUUGGUUCAUCACUUGGCCCUUCCGUUUCCCCAUGUUCCUCACCAUUCCCGACUGUAGGAGGAAAAGGUGGAGAAAGUUCUACCUUCCCGCUUUCUUCAGCUGCCUCAUCUGGAUCGGCGGACUCUCAUAUCUCGUCGUCUGGAUGAUCACGGUCAUCGGCCACACCAUCGGCGUGCCUGACACCGUGAUGGGUUUGACGUUCCUGGCUAUUGGAACUAGCAUCCCCGAAGUCGUCUCCAGUUUAAUCGUUGCUCGACAAGGACACGGGACGAUGAGCGUAAGCAAUGCAGUCGGGAGCAACACGUUCGACAUCUUGGUCUGCUUGGGACUCCCCUGGUUGAUCAAGAGUUCGUUCUUUCCCUCGAAUCCGGGGACGAAAUCCAUCGACAUCAAGUCCGAGGGAAUCACGUACAGUACCAUUGCCCUCCUUUCCACUCUCGUCCUGAUGUAUCUCGUGAUGGUGCUGAAUCGAUUCGUCUUGAACCGACGAGUGGGUUUCUACUGCUGCCUUCUCUACAUCCUCUUCCUCGUUUUCUCCCUCCUCUGGGAACUGAACGUGUUUGGAGUCGUGAACCUUCCUACGUGUCCCUCCUAGGCUUCAUCCCCGAUCCUAAUGGUCGUUAAUACUUCUUGCAUCGGAAAGUCACUCCCCAACUUCAACUACUUGAAAAUGUGCCUUUUUACAAAUAAAAGUAAUGGGAGGGAUAAACCUUUCGUCGAUUGAAGGUAGUCAAAUGGAGAAGUUGCGCCUUCAAUUGGCUUAUUGGACAAGUGGGGUAAGGGCAGGCAAGAAGAACCAGUAGAUAAAAGGAACCAGGCUCAUUAAUUCCUGGUUCCGACUCAAGGGGGAAUGUUGCUUGCUAUUGCGUGAUACGCCAUCACUUCAUGUGCCAAUUGCAGAGCGCGCAAUUUGAAGACGCACGGUUGACAGACAAUGAGGAGCAAAGGCAUGAUUUACAGACGUUUCCUUACGAGUGAAGCCCUUAAAGAAAUUUCAUUAUAAAAUGCAUGUAAUGGAUUUUUUAUAUUCUUCUUUCACGUUGUCAGGUGAACAUGGGUGUAUAUGCUAGGGGUGAAAGUUUGAUUGCGUUGGUUCUUGAAAUCUCCGCCAGAGGUCAUGCAUGUCGAAGGUCAGCGUUAGGUAAGAGGAACCGGGCAAAAAGAACCACUGGUUCUUCUCUUGUAACGAACAAUGCAUUGAACCAUUAACUGAAGAUUAGAUUCAGCGCAAAGAAUGUCAAGGUUGGGCCCACGAGAAAUCCUCGGCUUAUGAGGGCCGAGGAGAUUACGUUUGUGAUGACUGUCUUGUCAAUGACCGAGCUCUCGAGUUGACCUCGUUUUUUUUCUCGUUCAAUUCAAAUUGAUUAAACCACCCGUAAGCUGAACUCCCUAGUGGACCUUGCGGUAUUUAUUUCAAUUUUUGUUGCUAAAACCGCACGCAAACUAUUGCAUUAUCUCGAGAAGCAAUAAAAUUCCAAGUUAUGCUUUGAUUUCUGGGUUUGGUUCCUUUUGCCCACCCGGGUGGGCAAAAAGAACAAUUCGCAUGCCUUGCUUUCUCCCCUGAUGACUCCGUCGUGAAUACUAUGAUGGAAUCCUGUCUGGUCAUAGAGGUAGAGGGAGAGUUGCUCAAUAGCCUAAAACAGAAACAUUUGUUCUCUGCCGUUAGACCGGGUAGAUAUAAUCAUCGGCUCUUAAGCGGUUCCCCUUGCCCGCCCUUACCCCCACAUGCUCAAAAAAUGUUUUAAUAGGUGCAAG